CGCAAGACAGAGACAGAGGAGAAGUCGAGAAGAGGAGGGUGAGGGGGAAGAGAUGUGGCUCUUCUACCUCAUCUCGUUGCCCCUAACCCUAGGAAUGGUCUGCGUCACGCUCAGAUACUUCGCCGGGCCGGACGUCCCUCGCUACGUUAUCUUCACCGUCGGCUACGCUUGGUUCUGCUCCCUGUCCAUUAUCAUCCUCGUCCCCGCCGAUAUCUGGACGACAAUUCUGGGCCAUGACAAGGGUGGUAUGGCAUUUUUUUGGGGCUGGUCAUAUUGGAGCACAUUUGCUCUUACUUGGGCUGUGGUGCCUACGAUCCAGGGUUAUGAAGAUGCAGGUGACUUCACUGUGAAAGAAAGACUUAAAUCCAGUAUACAGGCAAACCUUGUCUUUUAUCUUAGUGUUGGCUCGAUUGGUCUUUUUGGAGUAAUCCUACUCAUUGCCAUGCACAAAAUGUGGAGUCAAGGGAUUGUUGGGUUGGCUAUGGGAUGUUCCAAUACCUUUGGGCUUGUUACUGGUGCUUUUCUAUUGGGAUUUGGUUUAAGUGAGAUACCAAAGAGCAUUUGGAGGAAUGCGGAUUGGGCAACUCGUCGAAAAGUUCUUUCCCAUCGGGUAGCAAAAAUGGCUCUCAAUCUUGACAAUGCCCAUCAGGAGUUGUCUAAUGCAAUUGUGGUUGCCCAAGCGACAUCAAAACAAAUGUCCAAACGUGAUCCUUUGAGACCCUAUAUGGAUGUUAUCGAUGAUAUGUUGCACCAGGUGUUUAAAGAAGACCCAGGUUUCAAACCAACAGGAGGUAGAUUGGGAGAAAACGACAUGGACUAUGAUGCAGAUGAAAAGUCAAUGGCUACACUUAGAAGGCAACUUAGGAUAGCUCAGGAGGAAUACUAUAGAUAUAGAAGUGAAUACAUGAAAUAUGUCACUGAGGCCCUUGAAUUGGAGGACGCCAUAAAAAAUUAUGAGCAUGGGAGUGAAACAAGAUGGAAAUACGUUUCAAGUUUGAGACCUGCUCGCACUGGCACCCUUGCACCAUUCCUGGAUACUUUAGAGUGGUUUUGGCGCUGCAUCCUACGGAAGCAUCUUGAAAAAUUGGUCGCUGUCUUGCUUGGGUGUUUAUCUGCUGCCAUUCUUCUAGCAGAGGCAACAUUGCUUCCUGCUGUUGAUCUGUCUCUUUUCUCCAUUCUCAUAAAAACAGUUGGAAAGCAAGAGAUGCUUGUUCAGAUUGUUUCAUUUGUUCCCUUAAUGUACAUGUGUAUUUGUACAUAUUAUUCCUUAUUCAAGAUCGGGAUGCUGACGUUUUACUUUCUGACUCCACGGCAAACAAGUGCAGUGAGCUUGCUUAUGAUAUGUUCUAUGGUCGCUCGGUACGCCCCUCCAAUAUCUUACAACUUUCUAAAUCUCAUCCGGCUUGAUGGAGAUGCAAAAACCACCUUUGAAAUGAGGAUGGGAAACAUUGAUGAUGCAGUGCCAUUUUUUGGGCGUGGGUUUAACAGGAUUUACCCACUGAUUAUGGUUGUUUACACAUUGCUGGUUGCCAGCAACUUUUUUCAUAAAGUCGUGAAUUUUUUUGGCAACUGGAAAAGGCUCAGUUUUCAAAAUGAGGCUGAAGAUAUGGAUGGGUUCGAUCCAUCAGGAGUUAUCAUCCUGCAGAAGGAGAGAUCCUGGCUCCAGCAAGGUUCGAGUAUUGGGGAGAGUAUUGUUCCAUUGGUUAGAAACUUCAACGCUGUUAGUGCAGAUAUAGAAUCUGGUACUGUGCCUGUGGGAUCUGCCAGAAAUGAAAUCAAGUCACUGACGGCAAGUUUAUCAAGGCAUGAUGGUAGUGGUUCUCAGUCAAGGACUUUUGAGGAUGAGAACCGAAGAUAUAACAGUCGCCGUGAAGGCAUUGAAAGAAAAUACGGCGCUUUGAAAGGUCAGCAACGAAGAGAUUCCAAGCCUUCUUUCUCAGUCUCUCUGCUUGAAUCUGGCAACUCCAGAGAUGAACACAACUCAAAAGUGACGACGAGCAGUUCGUCUGGACUCUCAAAUACAUGGGCUUCAAUGAAAACUAAUUUCCAGAAUUUCCGAGCAAACUUAGAUGCCAAGGGAUUCAUGCAGCUGCGUCAAACUCGAGAAUCGAAACCAAACUCUGACGUCCCAGAAAAAUCCCUGGAUGAGAUAUUUAAGAAAAUAAAGAAACCUCCGGAGAACAGAGGUGAUGAGUUUUGAGUACCGUUAUGCCGUGGGCAACGCAAUGUCCAGGGCCGCUAGAUAAUCGCCAAAAGCUCUACCGAGUAAUGAGGUUAACUGAUCGUUCCUUCCACCAAUAUGUGAAGAUCCGGUUGAUUGCCAAACUCAUUAAAUUAAUUCAUUGAGAUCCAUACAUGGGGAGGGCAGUAUUCUAAGGGAACCCGAUCCCAAAAUUGCAUAAGCUUGGAGGAUUAUCCUGACGAACUCGGCAGAGAUUGCAAGAUACAUGCCCGGGAUCCAACUCGUCAGAGCAUGUUUUCAAAUUAAUUUUCUGCUUAAAAAGUUCGUGUGAAAGGUGUUCAUAUCGAUUGAAUCGCUUCAUUGUACAGCUUCUUCACAGCACAGUGGUGAUGAAUAUUUCUAGGAGUUCUAGUGUACAAGCUCUGUUCAUCUCUAUUUAUUUCAUUUUCGUUAGUGUUGUGAUGCGAGAGAAGAUGUCGAAAGGGUCUGAUACUAAAUCCAUGGGUCUGCAUCCUCUGGUCUAUGCGUUUCAUGGGAAAGGUUGGUGGUGGGUUCGGAUGACACAAAUGUGGGUCUGCACGACAGCCACGUCCAAUGCUGAAGGAGCUGUCUCUAUUACACGAGUCAGGAUGCUGGUAUUUCUUUGGUUUGUCGAUC